AUGACGAACGUAAUCGCCGAGAGCUUUCACGUUGUAAUUUUUAUACUAAAAUUUUGUGGUCUCUACCACGAUGGCAACCGAUCCGUCCGACUAAAAAUUCGCACAUAUGUGUUAUAUUUUUCUGGUGUUUUAACUUCAAUAUUAACUGUAAUUAAACUCAUCCUCGAAGAAAACAAAGACAUCAUGCAGAUAAACCAAAUGGUAAUAUUUUUCACUGUUGCGGCUUCUGGUUAUUUGAAGCUGGUGUCAUUUUUAAUCGACGCACCGAGACUUAAAAAGUGUAUCGAAUUUUUUGGGAACACAUAUAAAGCCGUGAUAAUAAAAAACAGCGAAGAGAAAAGAAUCCUGGACGAUUGCCUCUACGUGUGUCGGAGAAACGUGAACAUUUACAUAAGUGUAAUCACAUUUACUGGAGUUUGUUGGAACGUUAUACCUUUGUUUGAUAGAAAGUAUAGACUUCCGGUGAAUAUUUGGCUGCCGUAUGAACCAACGAAGCGGCCUGUGGUUUUUUAUGUGACGUAUUUCUACGUUGUUGCAGCUUAUUUAUAUUACACAUUUGUAAGGGAACUAGGGGCUUGUUGUAACAGGGUCGUGUUCUACCUUGGGCUUGCUAGUACCAUGAUAGAACCAUUGCUAGGAGGGUUGGUGUACCAUGCUAGGGGUCAGUUGAAAAUUUUGAAGUAUAAUCUGGGUAACCUAAUAGACGAUGAUCUAAAAAAGAGCAAUAAGUAUUCUGUGGUUAUUUUCGAAGCAGCAUCGGAGGUUCUAAGGCAAUGUAUUCUUCACCACAACAACAUACUGGAGUAA